CCCAGGCACAUCUAACGGUAUCAGGGUGAUGUGUGCUGCUGCCCUGGGAACUCCCAUCUGCACUGCACACACAUGAUCUCCAGUUGUCACAGAAGACCAGAGGGGCUCAGAGCUGGGAGGACUGGGGAGAAAUGCAAACUGUGUCUUUAAGGAGGAAGCAUGAAGGGGGAGCUAUAGCUUCUGCUGCAUUGAACUUGUUUGGAUCUGUUCCUGUGCAGCCCUAGCCUCCAGCAGCCAGUCAUUGUGCCCUCAGCCCCUACAUCUCUGCAGUCUGAAGGGUCUUCUAACUCCAGGGAGGCUCAGGACCCAGAGCUUGGCAGCCACAGAACAUCUCAUUGGGGUGUGCUCCAGGAAAUGUUCUCAUAUUAGAUAUGGUGCUGCACUUCUGAUCAAGAUUGGCUGCUAAUAAAAAUUCAAUUAGAAGAAACCCCUCCGUGAACCGGCUACAUAGAAGAAGAUAGUCAACACCAAGAGCGGCAUCCUGUAUUGUGAGUAAAGGAAAGUGUCCAUGCAGAGAGGAGGAAACGAAAAGCCUCUGAUAAGUUCAUUUCUAAUGGCCUGAAGUUGGAAAAUUGGUGAAGGCGCCAUUUUGAAAGACAAACGAGCCAGAUGGAGUUAGAAGAAUAACGGAGUAAUUCAAGGCAAAAUGACUGCUGUUAGGUAGCGCACAGACUUGGUCAAAUCAAGUCACAGAACACAGAAGAAUUGCUGAAGAGUCAGUGUUUUCUAUGUGUCUUUCAAGAAUCACAAGAUAAACAUGACGGAGGCCAUGGAUGCCAAGUUGUCCAGGGUGACUGUCCUACACGAGUAUGUUGGCUGUAGGACAUACGAGGUGCGCACUUCAGCUGUCAUUGAGGACAUCAAACAGCUGAUUUACAGAGAAACCGAUUUUCCUGUCUCGGAACAGCGUCUCCUGCUCCAUAAUAAAGAGUUACAAGACAGGACCAAGAUACAAGACCUGACAUCUGGGAAAACCAAUAUCUUUUUAAAUCUCCAGUCAAAGGGACUAAAAGGAGGAGGUAAAUUCGGACAGUCGACCCCACCCCUUGUUGACUUUCUCAAGGACAUAUUAAGGAGAUAUCCAGAAGGAGGGCAGAUCCUAAAGGAGCUGAUUCAAAACGCUGAAGAUGCUGGAGCCAGCGAAGUCAAGUUCCUCUAUGAUAAAACACAUUAUGGCACUGAAUCCCUUUGGUCAAAGGAAAUGGCACAAUAUCAAGGUCCUGCUCUUUACGUGUACAAUAAUGCAGUUUUCACUCUCGAAGACUGGCAUGGAAUCCAAGAGAUUGCCAGAAGUAGGAAAAAAGAUGACCCGCUGAAGGUUGGGAGGUUUGGAAUUGGAUUUAACUCCGUUUACCAUAUAACAGAUGUCCCAAGUAUUUUCAGUGGUGAUAAAAUAGGGAUGUUGGAUCCCCAUCAAGUACUGUUUGGGCACCAUGAGUCAGGCCAGUGUUGGAACAUUAAAGAGGACAGCAAAGAAAUAAGUGAACUGGUGGACCAAUUUGCCCCUUAUGUUGACAUCUUUGGGAGCACAAAAGAAACCCUUAUGGAAGGUUAUUACCCAGGAACAUUCUUUAGAUUUCCCCUUCGUGUACAGCCAUCAUUACUGAGUCAUAAUCUGUAUAAUAAAGAUAAAGUUUUAGAACUGUAUGAGUCCUUUAGAGCAGAUGCAGACACUGUACUUCUGUUUCUAAAGAACGUCCAGAAAGUGUCUUUGCACAUUCGAGAGACAGAUGGCUCAGAAAAGCUGGUUUUCCGUGUCACAGCUAGCGAGAACAAGCUACUAAAACAUGAUAGACCCAACUCUAUCAAAAUCCUUGAAACAGCCAUUGAUAAUUACUGUAAAAGGGUCCCAAGCAAUAGUAUAACAUGUGUCACCUAUCACGUAAACAUUGUUUCAGAGGAUGAAAGUGUCAAAGAAACUCAAACCUCCUCAUGGCUGGUGUGCAACAGUGUCGGAGGCCGAGGUAUCUGCACUGCAUUAGACACUCUUGCUGAUGACCUAAGAUUUGUUCCAACUAUUGGAAUUGCAAUGCCAUUGUGGCCUAAUGGAGAAGAAAAGGGAGCAGAGUCACAGUUUGUUGGAAGGGCAUUUUGUUUUCUUCCAUUACCACCAGGAGAUGAGAGCAAAACUGGUCUCCCUGUUCAUAUCAGUGGUUUUUUUGGCUUGACUGAUAACCGAAGAAGCAUAAAAUGGAGAGAACUGGACCAGUGGCGAGAUCCGGCAGCUCUUUGGAAUGAACUUCUGGUCAAAAGCGUUGUCCCAAAAACAUAUGCAACUCUUAUUUUGGAAGCUAUCAAGAGAAUGGAGACAGAAGAGAAUCCUGAUAGCCCUCUGUGUGCUGAUAGCAUUUACCGAGUGUGGCCAGUAAUGGACCAAGUAAGGACACACUGGAAACUUAUCAUAGAACCUCUGCUCAAGGAGCUGUUUCAGAAUCCCGUUAUUUACUCUGCCAAGAAAUGCUGGUUAAAAGAAUCGGAUGUAAACUUCACAGAAAUAGAUGAACAUCAGGAGUAUGCAAAAACUAUCCUGAACUACCUCCAGAACUCAGGGACUCAGAUCGCCAAGGUACCGGCUAAUGUUGCUGCUGCAUUCCAAAUACCCAUAAACAAUUCUAAGCCGGUGAAGAAGGUCACCCCAAUACUGGUCCGUCAGGUACUGAGGAAGUGUGGACACAAAGGACCUGCUCACGAGAAGCUUCACAUUCUUGAGUUCAUACUUAGCGAUGAGAAUUACAGUGAUCUUAUUGGGCUUGAAAUACUUCCGUUGCAGAAUGGGAGCUUUAUUUCUUUUUCUUCAUCUGUAUCAGAUAAGGAUGUUAUUUAUAUAACCUCAAAGGAGUACCCCAGAGCACUGUUUCCAGGUCUGGAAGGAAGGCUUCUUUCUGAAGAUUUAAAGCCUAAAAUUCUAACAGCCCUGAAGGAAGCUGCGACAAGUAGAGCGCAGCAGCUUCUCUGGGGGUAUGCAGGUCGACCCUGUACCCAGCUUCAACUUUUGAAUCCUGAACGCUUUAUACGUCUUACUAAAGAAAUUAUGAAUACAACAUGGCCAAUAAGAGACUUGGUUGUAAAAUGGUUUCCAAACAAAGACAAAAAACACCCUCCCAUUUCAUGGCUCAAAAUGGUCUGGAAAUUGUUGUACAUACAUUUUUCAGAAGAUUUGACAUGCCUCGAUGAUAUGCCGCUUAUCCCCACAAAACCGCUGGAAGAGGAAGAAGAAACCAUCCUGGAACUCAUUCGACUAAGGAUACCUUCUCCUGUUAUAUAUGAUGAUGUGUCUGACACUCAGCUUCCAGAACAUAUGGCUGAAAUAAUUCAAAUCCUUGGGGGUAUUGUCCUCACAUGUUUAGAUCCAGCCAUUCAACAUCCUCUUCUUAAAAAAUAUGUCUAUUCCCCUACUCCUUGUGCUCUUUUACAAAUAAUGGACAGGAUGUCUCUUCAAAAGCUGUCCAGCCAGAUUGCUUCAUUGACCCCAGUUCACAAAGACGCCUUGCGGAGGUUCCUUGCUAGUCUAACAGACAUAAAUGAAAAAGAAAAGAAAAUCAUACAAGAGUUGAUGGUUUUCAAAAGGAUUGAAGAGGCUGACGAACAAAAAACAUUCUAUGUUUUCUUAAGAGGGUGUAAAGUGCUUCAUCACAAUGCCAGACUUCCACCUAAAACCCGUCUUUCCUUUCCUGUAAUUGACAGCAGUGACGAGCAGACCAUUCGACUUGCAAAGAUGCUAAAGGUGGAACAGCUAAAAAGCACAGACUGCUUGAAAAUUAUAUUGCAAGACGUUGACAGGGGUUUUUUUUCUGUUGAAGAAAGGAAAAAUGUUAUGCUCUGGGUUCUUGAAAAUUUAACCUUCUUAAAGAAUGAAAACCAUGCAGUGAUUAACUGGUUGUCAAGUCUUAAAUUCAUACCUAUUAACAAAAACAGACUUGUAUCAGCCAGUGAACUUUUUGAUCCAGAGGUAGAAGCUCUCCUGAACCUAUUUUGUACUGAGGAACAACUGUAUUUUCCACCUGCUAUAUUUACUUCUUCAGAUGUAUUACACUCUCUUAGACAGAUCGGUCUAAAAAAUGAUUCUCAUAUUUUAGAAAAAGACAUUGUUCAAAUAGCUAAGAAAAUUGAGGCUUUACAUGGUGGAUCAGGGAAAAAUGAUGAGGUUGUUGUAAAAAAGGCAAAAACUUUGCUCAUAAUUUUAAAAAGAAAUUACAAACUUGUACAGUCACCAGAGGGAAAAGCCCUAUUAAAAAAGAUCAAAUGGUUACCUGCCGUGAAAGAACGGCCACCAAAUUAUCCCAAUUCCUUGGUUUGGCUUGGAGACCAGUUCACACUGUAUGCUCCUGGAGAAAUGUGCAGUGUGUCUUAUGCUGUUCUGGUGGGCUCUUCGGUUCCAUUGGUGGAAAAUAUGCAUGACAAUAUUGAAAAAGUCCUUGGCGUUUCAAAGGAACCUAGCAUUGAAGCUGUAUUGAAACAUCUAAAAGUUGUAGUUGACUGGUAUAAUUCUAAAACCAUUACUGAUGAGGACUAUUAUCAAUUUCAGCACAUUCUUCUAGAGAUAUAUGGUUUCAUGCAGGAAUGUCUUGAUAAGGCUAAAGAGCUCUACAAAGCAAUCUCUUUUCCAUGGGUUUGGACAGGCAAAACAUUUUGCUUCCCUAGGCAAGCAAUUAUAAUGUCAACCUACAGUCUUGACCUUCAGCCCUUUUUGCACAGCAUACCAAACACCAUGGUGAAAUUUCACAGAUUGUUUAAGUUUUGUGGUUCAAUUGAGCAACUAACACCUGGACAAAUCUUUGACGUUGUUAACAUCAUAUAUGAACAAAGCAAACAACCCAUGGAUAAAGGGGAUAACAAGCAGAACAUUAGCAUAAUGCUGAAUAUUGUAAGGUGGAUGUAUGGUCAUCAGAUUGCAGUCAGUCUAGAUACACCAUUGCCUGUGCAUAAUAACAAAGACCCUUCAAAACUUAUAAUGAGACCAAUUCAUGAAUGUUGCUACUGUGAUAUCAAAGUUGAUGACCUGAAUGAUCUUCUUGAAGACUCUGUGGAACCAAUAAUAUUAGUACAUGAAGAUAUACCAAUGAAGACAGCAGAAUGGUUGAAUGUACCAUGUUUAAGUACACGGCUUAUUAACCCUGAAAAUAUGGGUUUUGAACAGUCGGGCCAAAGAGAGCCGCUAACUGUGAGAAUCAAAAACAUUCUGGAAGAAUAUCCUUCUGUGUCUGAUAUCUUCAAGGAGCUUCUUCAAAAUGCUGAUGAUGCAUCAGCAAGUGAGUGCAAUUUCAUGAUUGACAUGAGACGAAAUAUGGACAUAAGGGAAAAUCUUCUAGAUCCAGGAAUGGCAGCAUGUCAUGGGCCUGCUUUAUGGUCUUACAAUAAUUCUGAGUUUACUGAUAAAGAUUUUUUAAAUAUUACAAGACUUGGAGAAUCCUUAAAAAGAAGUGAGGUUGACAAAGUCGGAAAAUUUGGUCUAGGAUUCAACUCUGUCUACCACAUCACAGACAUUCCCAUUAUUAUGAGUAGAGAAUUUAUGAUCAUGUUUGAUCCAAAUAUUAAUCACAUUAGCAAACAUAUCAGAGACAAAUCUAACCCAGGCAUCAAAAUUAACUGGAGCAAACAACAGAAAAGGCUUCGCAAAUUUCCCAAUCAGUUCAAGCCAUUUUUAGGUGUAUUCAAUUGUCAUCUACCACUUGCUGUUGAAUCCCCGUACUGCUACAAAGGUACACUUUUCCGACUGUCCUUUAGAACACAACAAGAAGCCAAAAUGAGUGAAAUUAGCAGCUCAUGUUACAACACUGCAGACAUUUACACCCUUGUGGAUGAAUUUAGCUUGUGUGGCUACAGACUAAUACUUUUCACUCAGAAUGUAAACUCAAUGGUCUUAAAAUACCUAAAGCCUGAGGAAACUGAACCAGAGUUAGCUCAAGACACAGUAACUAUUAAAAAAUCUAUGUGCUCCUCAAAAGUUUUAACUAAUCCAACAAGGCUACUUACAGAGGCUGCCAAAGUCAUGAAUAUCUGUAGUUCUACCAAGAAAUAUCCAGCCGAGAUGCCAAAAUCAUCUUGCAUCUUGCUGAUCACUGUUCAAGAGUUUCACCAUGUAUUCAGGCGAAUAGUUGACCUUCAUUCUCCAUUAUUCCGAGGUUCAGAAGAUGAACCAGCCAACAUAUUUGAGAUGACUAAGUCCGGACAGACUAAGAGAAUGACAGAGGAACUGCCGCAAAAAACUGUGGACUCGACAACAUGGCUUAUAUGUUCCUGUAUGGAUAUAAGUGAAGCUUUGAAAUUUGCUUUGAGUGAUAGUGGCAAAAGACUUGGGCUAGUGCCUUGUGGUGGUGUGGCAGUGAUGCUCUCUGAAAGUCAAAAUGGAAAAUGGACAGUAAAACCCUUUUCUGGUAAUAUUGGUGAAGUUUUUUGCUAUUUACCUCUCCGCAUAAAAACUGGACUUCCUUUGCACAUAAAUGGUUGCUUUGCUGUGACUUCAAAUCGGAAAGAAAUUUGGAAAACAGACACAAAGGGAAGGUGGAAUACCGUGUUCAUGAGACAUGUCAUUGUACGUUCUUAUCUAGAGGCUCUUUGCGUCUUAAGGGACAUGUCUACCAGUGGAGAGCUCAUGAACUACAACUACUAUUCUAUUUGGCCAGACCCUGACUAUGUCCAUGAUGACUUUUCUGUCGUUUGCCAAGGACUGUACGAAGAUAUUGCCAAAGGAAAGGGCAAAGACCGUGUGAAAGUAUUUUCUGAUGGAACAUCUUGGGUUUCUAUGAAAAAUGUGAGAUUUCUGGAUGAUUCUUUACUUAAGAGACCAGAUAUCGGACCAGCUGCUUUUCAAAUUUUCAUGAAAUAUUUAAAAAAGACUGGCUCAAAAAACCUUUGUGCUGUAGAACUGCCCUCAUGGGUCAAACUAGGGUUUGAAGAAGCAGGAUGUACUGAUGUGCUGAUUCAAAAUACAUUUUCCGAACAUCAGUUUUUUUCAGAAGUAUUUUUUCCUCAUAUAGCAGAAAUCGAACCUGAGUUACGAGAUCCAUUGAUGCUUUUUGUUUUGAAUGAAAGAAUACAGGCAUUUAGUGAAAUUCUUCAAGUUACACCAUGUAUUCCAUGCUCCAGUGAGGGGCACCUAUUGGUUGUCCCUUCUAGACUAAUCCAUCCUGAAGGUAGAGUAGCAAAACUGUAUGACAACAGUGAUGGAAGAUUUCCCUAUGGAACAUACCAGAAUUACUUGAACCCAGUAGCGCUGGUAAAGUUGGUACAACUUGGCAUGAUGAAAGAUGACAUUUUAUGGGAAGAUUUAAUUGAACGCAUUGAAUCCAUUCCAUUGAUUAACAAAGCUGAUCAUGCUGGAGCUUGCUUGAGAGGCAAUAUUAUUUUAAGUUUGAUUGAUGAAAAACUUAAGUUCAGAGACCCCAAGUCUAAGGAAUUUUGUAAGAAAUGCCAAACUUCUCCAUUUUUGCCUUUUCUUACCAAACCAGCUGGUUUUUCCAUUCAUUGGAAAGGAAAUGACUUUAAAAUUGAGGAAAUGUUUGCGGCUACAGACCUAUACACCGUUGAACACCAAGACGUAGUUUGUCUCUUAAAGCCAAUUCUUAAUGAAAAUUCUCCUUCUUUUAAGGGGUGUGGUCCCAUUCCCUUAGCAGUCAAAGAAUAUUUAGGUUUACUGAAGAAGCCAUCUCCUGAAUUGGUAAUAGACCAGUUAAAGGAAAUUGCAAAAUAUACUGAUGGAAACACCUUGUACCAGGAAAAUAUUACAAAUGCAUGCUAUAAAUUUCUUAAUGAAGCCAUCCUUUUGAAUGAGGCUACAAAGACUAUGGUUGUCACAGAACUGAAGGCGUUUCCUUUUAUAUUUGUUGAGGACAUUUAUGUUACUUCAGACAAAGUUUCCUUCCAUCUCAACUUUGAAGCUGCCCCUUAUCUAUAUCAGAUGCCUAACAAAUACAAAAAUAAUUUUCGUGAAUUGUUCGAAAGUGUUGGUGUGAAACAUGCCUUUACAGUAAAAGAUUUUGCAGCAGUACUUGAAUUAAUAAAAAAUGCAAAUAUGAACAAAAAGAUAUCAGAGAAUGAUUUCCAACUUUGUAGACGCAUUGUUAGUGAAGGAAUAUGGGGACUUAUCCGAGAAAAGAGUGAGGAAUUUUGUGAAACAAAUUAUGGUCAAAUUCUUCUACCGGAUGCCAGCCUCUAUCUACUUCCAGCUAAAUCACUAUGUUACAAUGACUGUCCAUGGAUUAAAGUAAAAGACACUGCUGUGAAGUACUGCCAUUCUGACAUUCCAAGGGAGGUGGCCGUAAAGCUUGGGUCAAUUCCAAAAAGACACAAAGCUCUAGAAAGGUAUGCAUCCAACAUUCACUUUACUUCUCUUGGAUCUGAAUUUGGGCAGAAGGAAAAGCUUACUAGCAGAAUUAAAAGCAUCCUUAAUGCUUAUCCUUCAGAAAAGGAGAUGUUAAAGGAGCUUCUUCAAAAUGCUGAUGAUGCAAAAGCCACAGAAAUAUGUUUUGUCUUUGAUCCAAGAAACCAUCCAUCUGACAGAAUAUUUGAUGAAAAGUGGACUCCUCUACAAGGCCCUGCAUUGUGUGUAUACAAUAACCAACCAUUCACAGAUAAUGAUGUAAAAGGCAUCCAAAACUUAGGGAGAGGAACGAAGGAAGACAACCCUUGUAAAACUGGGCAGUAUGGAAUAGGCUUCAACUCUGUUUACCACAUUACUGAUUGUCCUUCUUUUAUAUCAUCCAAUGACAUAAUAUGCAUCUUUGACCCUCAUGCACGAUAUGCUCCAGGAGCAACGUCACUUAGCCCCGGACGCAUGUUCCGAGAUUUGGAUGCUGAUUUUAGAACACAAUUUUCAGAUGUUCUCAAUUUAUAUUUAGGAAGCCACUUUAACCUUUCCAGUGCAACAAUGUUUCGUUUUCCAAUCCGCAAUUCUGAAAUGGCAAAAAUCUCUGAGAUCUCAUCAGUACCCUGUUCAGACAGAAUGGUACAGAACCUUCUUGACAAGUUGCGUACUGAUGGAGCAGAACUCCUUAUGUUUUUGAAUCAUAUGGAAAAGAUUUCUAUCUGUGAAAUAGAGAAGACAACAGGUGCUUUAAAAGUGUUAUACUCUGUUCGUGGCAAAAUCACAGACGGUGACCGACUAAAGCGCAAACAAUUUCAUUCUUCUGUAAUUGACAGCGUUACAAAGAAAAAACUAUUGAAAGAUAUACCAGUCCAACAGAUUACUUACACAAUGGAUAUUGAGGACUCUGAAGGAAACCUCACAACAUGGUUAAUUUGUAAUCGCUCUGGCUUCUCUAACAUGGGCAAAGUCUUAAAGAGUGUGAUAUCUGCUCACAAAAAUCAAGACAUUACAUUGUUUCCUCGUGGUGGAGUUGCUGCUUGUAUUAACCACAAUUACAAGAAACCAUACCGAGCAUUCUGCUUUUUGCCCCUUUCACUUGAAACAGGACUUCCUUUUCAUGUAAAUGGACAUUUUGCUUUGGAUUCUGCAAGGCGGAAUUUGUGGCGGGAUGACGAUGGGGUUGGUGUGAGAAGUGACUGGAAUAACAGCUUGAUGACCGGCUUAGUGGCUCCAGCCUAUGUAGAGUUAUUGGUGCAACUAAGAAAACGAAACUUUCCUGGAACCGAUCCCACCAUCUCUGUAUUACACAAUAUGCCAAUCCAUGCUGUGAAGGACAUUUUGAAAAAGUUUUUGUCUUUUUUUCCAGUAAACAGACUUGACUUACAGCCAGACUGGUAUUGCCUUGUAAAAGCUAUUUAUACUUGUAUUAAUGAAGAUUCAAAGCGUCUCUUGCCUGUAGUGCGAGCCCCGAAUGUUGACGGCUCUGACAUGCAGUCAGCUGUCAUUAUUACGUGGGUAAACAUGUCAGCUGUAAAUUCUGGGAGGCCCUAUUUUGACAAUUUAUUACAAGAUGAACUACAUCACAUGAAAAAUAUGGACUACAACAUAACCACUCGGAAGACAGUAGCUGAAAAUGUUUACAGACUUAAACAUCUCCUCUUGGAAAUUGGGUUUAACUUGGUUUACUACUGUGAUGAAACUGCAAAUCUUUUUCACUGUCUAGUUGAUGCAGGCAUCCCGGUUACUUAUGCAACUCCUUCAGAUGUCCGUCAGUUCCUAAUGACUUUCUCUUCUCCUGACACAAGCUGCCAUAUUGGAAAACUGCCUUGCCGUCUGCAGCAGACAAACUUAAAACUAUUUCACAGUUUGAAGCUUCUCGUGGAUUACUGCUUAAAAGAUGCCGAAGAAAAUGAAAUACAAAUUGAAGGGCUGCCACUUCUAAUUACUCUUGACAACGUAUUGCAAAUUUUUGAUGCAAAGCAACCAAAAUUCUUAACCACUUACCAUGAACUAAUUCCAUCUCGAAAAGAUCUGUUUAUGAACACACUGUAUCUGAGGUACAGCAAUAUUUUGCUUUCAAACAAAGUUGCCAAGGUUUUUGACAUCUACAGUUUUGCAGACCUGCUCUCAUCCGUUCUUCCAAGAGAGUACAAAACAAAAGUUUUUGUCCCAUGGAAAGAUAACUUUGCCAGUGAAUCAUGGCUAAAAAGUGCUUGGCAUUUCAUCAGCGAGUCAGUUAAUGUCAAAGAAGACCAAACUGAUGCCACUACAUUUGAUACCGUUGUGGAGACCCUAAAAGAUUGGGCUCUGUUACCAGGAAUAAAGUUCACUGUGUCACCUGGCCAGUUAAUCAUUCCAGAUGGUGAUGUGUUACUACCACUAAGCCUAAUGCAUAUCACAAUCUUUCCAAAUGCACAGAGUGAUAAAGUGUUUCAUACUUUGAUGAAGACUGGUUGCAUUCAACUAGCAUUGAACAAAAUCUGCUCCAAAGACAAUUUUUUGCUCCCUUUGUUGGCUGGACAUACAGCAAAUAUAGAUAACCCAAUGAGCAUUCUCCGGGCUAUACAUCACAUGAUUCAGACAUUAACAUUUAGAACUGAAAAGAUAGCUGAAAAUGACUUUGAUGCCCUUUUGAUGUAUUUUAACUGCAAUUUAAACCACCUCACAUCAGAAGAUGCAACUAACAUUUUGAAGUCACUUCCAUGUUACAAGUCUGUCAGUGGUCGUUACAUCACGCUGUCUAAAUAUGGGACGUGUUACGUCCUUACAAAGAGCAUACCAGCAGUGGAAGUGGAAAAAUGGUCUUACUCAUCGUCCUUUGCUUUUCUUGAAGAGAAGGUACAUUUGAAAGAAUUGUACACUGCAGUAGGAUGUGUCCCAGUUGACGAUCUAGAUAUUUACUCAAAACAUUUGUUGCCAAAAUUUGAAAACCUUUCCUAUCAUGCUAAAUUAGAGCACUUAAUUUACCUGAAAAAUUGUUUAUGCAGUCUCGAAGAGAGUUCUACACUAAAGGAGCAACUGUUUGCAAAACUAGAAGACCUGGCCUUUAUUCAUGAUUCCAGUGGCCGACUCAAACCUGCAAAACACUUCUAUGACCGGACUGUGAGAGUAUUUGAAGUCAUGCUUUCAGAAAAGUUGUUCAUACCCCUGGAGUUCUUUAAAAAAUUGGAACAAAUUACAAAACCAAAAAACCAAUCUGCUUUCUUUCUCUCGUGGAUUACAUUUCUCCAGAAUAUUGGCCUAAAACAUGUUAUUUCCCAGCAACAGUUGUUGCAGUUUGCAAAAGAGAUUAGUAUGCGAGCUAAUGCAGAAGGUUGGACAAAGGAAGUGCUUCAAAACACUGUUGAUGUAAUUCUUUAUCAUGUUUUCCAAGAAAGAACGGAUUUGCUUUCUGGAAACUUUUUAAAGGAAUUGUCUAUGAUACCCUUUUUGUGUCCUGAACGAGCACCUGCAGAACUUUUACGCUUUCAUCCUCAGUACCAAGAGGUAAAUGGUACACUCCCUCUGAUACGAUUUAAUGGAUCACAAGUCAAUCCAAAGUUCAAGCAGACAGAUGUAAUGCAGCUACUGUGGACAUCUUGCCCCAUUCUGCCCGAAAAGGCAACCCCAUUAACAAUUAAAGAACAAGAAGAAAGUACACUUGAUCCGCAAGAGCAACUUGAACAAGUUCUAAUAAUGCUUAAUGUAAAUUUGGAUCCUUCACUUGACAAAGUGAUAAACAAUUGUCGAAAUAUAUGCAACAUUACUACUGUUGAUGAUGAAAUUGUGAAGACAAGAGCAAAGGUUCUGAGGAGUAUCUAUGAUUUUCUCAGCACAGAAAAAAAAGAAUUCAAGUUCCAGCUCAGAGGAGUUGCUUUUGUGAUGGUUGAAGAUGGCUGGAAGCUUUUAAGACCAGAAGAGGUUGUAAUUAAUCUGGAAUUUGAGUCUGACUUUAAACCAUAUCUCUACAAACUGCCUCUGGAGUUAGGAACCUUUCAUCAGCUAUUCAAGAACUUAGGCACAGAAGAUGUAGUUUCUACAAAGCAGUAUGUUGAAGUUCUUAGUCGUAUUUUCAAGAAUUCUGAAGGAAAACAGCUAGAUCCUAAUGAAAUGCGGACUGUAAAGAGAGUGGUUUCUGGCCUACUCAAAAGUCUACAGAAUGAUUCUGCUAAAGUACGGAAUGACUUAGAAAAUAUUCGUGACCUUGCACUUUACCUCCCAAGUCACGAUGGAAGAUUGGUCAAGUCUAGCAUUUUAGUAUUUGAUGAUGCACCGCAUUAUAAAAGCAGAAUUCAGGGAAAUAUUGGAGUUCAGAUGCUUGUUGAUCUUAGCCAAUGCUACAUGGGAAAGGACCAUGGCUUUCACACAAGAAUCAUAAUGCUUCUCCCUCAAAAGUUAAGACCGCGACUUCUUAGUAGCAUACUUGAGGAACAGUUGGAUGAAGAGACGCCCAAAUCUUGCCAGUUUGGUACACUGUGUUCUUUGCAAGGCAGGCUUCAGCUAUUACUGUCUUCUGAUCAGUUCAUCACUGGUCUUAUAAGAAUCAUGAAGCAUGAAAAUGACAAUACAUUUUUAGCAAAUGAGGAAAAAGCCAUAAAACUUUGCAAAGCUUUACGAGAAGGCUUAAAGGUGUCUUGCUUUGAAAAACUGCAAACAACUUUACGAGUCAAGGGAUUUAACCCUAUCCCUUAUAGCAAGAGUGAAACUCUUGCAUUUUUGAAACGAUAUGGACAUGCUGUCAUAUUACUUUACAUACAGCACUCUGACAGCAAGGAUAUCAAUUUCCUGUUAGCUUUAGCAAUGACUUUGAAGUCUGCAACAGACAAUCUCAUAUCUGACACAUCAUAUUUGAUUGCAAUGUUGGGUUGCAAUGACAUCUACAGGAUCAAUGAGAAGCUUGAUAGUCUAGGUGUUAAAUAUGACUCAUCAACUGAGCAAUCAAAACUUGAGCUUCCUAUGCCUGGUACCCCAAUACCAGCAGAAAUUCACUAUACAUUGCUCAUGGAUCCCACCAAUGUUUUUUAUCCAGGUGAAUAUGUUGGAUAUUUGGUGGAUGCUGAAGGUGGGGACUCGUUUGGCUCAUACCAGCCAACAUAUACCUAUGCAAUCAUUGUGCAAGAAGUAGAGAAAGAUGAUGACAUCUCAGGUUCUCUGGGAAAGUUUUAUCAGAUAGACAUUGGUUAUAGUGAAUAUAAAAUAGUUAGCUCCCUUGAUUUGUACAAGUUUUCCAGGCCAGAGGAUGGUGUUCAGAACAAAGAUAGUGCUCCUUCAACACCAACAAGUCCAACAGAAUUUCCGCCUCCCGGUCCAAGGACAGCACCUUCGUUUCCAAACAAGGAAAGCAACAAAACAAGCUCCUCCAAACAUCAAUCACCAAAAAAGAUCAAAUUGAAUUCUUUACCAGAGAUAUUAAAGGAAGUUACUACUGUGAUAGAGCAAGCCUGGAAGCUGCCCGAAUCAGAAAGGAAAAAGAUAAUAAGACGACUGUAUUUAAAGUGGCACCCAGAUAAAAAUGCUGAAAAUCUUGAUGUAGCAACUGAGGUUUUUAAACAUCUUCAAAAUGAAAUCAACCGACUAGAGAAGCAAGCAUUUGUGGAUGUCAAUGUUGAAAGGACAGCAAGAAGAACCUAUACCACCCCAUCUUCUAGGUUUCAGUCUGAAAAGUCUUCCUUUCAACGAUUUUAUUCUUCAUGGAACCAAGAGGCAACAAGUCAUAAAUCCGAGAGACAACAAUACAAAGAAAAGUUUUCUGCCCCAACAGGAGCAUAUGAUUCUAAACGCUUCUUUGUACCACCAACAUUUAAGUCCGUUGGUAACCCUGUCGAAGCUCGUAGGUGGCUUAGGCAGGCGAGGGCUAACUUUUCUGCUGCAAGAAAUGACCUGCAUAAGAAUGCAAAUGAGUGGGUGUGUUUCAAAUGCUAUCUCUCUACCAAAUUAGCAUUGAUAGCAGCAGAUUACGCUGUCAGAGGAAAAUCCGACAAAGAUAUUAAACCAGCAGCCCUUGCACAAAAAAUUGAAGAAUAUGGUCAACAGCUAGAAGGUCUCACUAAAGAUGUCCAGACCUUAGAGGCUUAUGGGGUAGAUGGCCUAAAGACUCGUUAUCCUGAUAUGCUUCCCUUCCCACAAAUCCCAAAUGACCGGUUCACUUCAGAUGUUGCCAUGAGAGUAAUGGAGUGCACUGCAUGUAUAAUUAUAAAACUUGAAAAUUUUAUACAAAAUAAGAUUAUUUAAAUUCAAGAACAUAUUCUUUUACAUGUGUGAAUAUGGUUGACGUAAUUCUUAAACUGCACAAUACUAGGCAUCCUUUCACAGGAAGGCAGUUCACCCUGAAGGUCUUUUAAUGUGACUAGUAGAAACAUUUAGAAAAAUAGUGGAGCAUUUAAUUUAACAAAAAAAUACAUUAUUUUUGAAAGGUUCCUGCUGCACACUAAGCUAGGAUUAUAUUAUUAUAUUUUAUUUGGAACCUCUGUGAGCUCUCUGACUGCACUGUGGUCAAUAAAAUCCCAAAUUUGUAUAUUUUUAUUGGAUGUAUGGGUUUUUAUGUUGACCUACAUCAGGCAUGCUCAACCUGCGGCCCUCCAGCUGUUGCAAAACUACAACUCCCAGCAUUCUCAGACAGCGUACAGCUAUCAGCCUAUAGCAGGGCAUGGUGGGAGUUGUAGUUUUACAACAGCUGGAGGGCCGCAGGUUGAGCAUCCCCGACCUAUAUCACUAACCUGGGCCCAGUUUUUAUGUAUUUAAAGCUGACCAUACACAUAAAAUAGUGGAAGAGUUGGCUGGACCCACCAAGUUUGGUAUGAUCAUCUGAAGAUCUUAUGGAGACCUUCCAACUCUUCCCUGAUCACAGUUAGUAGGAAGGAGGAAUUGGACAUGUUGGAUUUCUGUAUGCCUGAUUUUGGUUUGUACCUGCUGAAGUUAAUAUCAUGUGUAUAGCCAGCUUUAGUCCGUGUCCGCUUCCUUGGCUCUUUUCUCCACCUCAAAGAUUUUUGGUCACACACUCGCCCCACAUCAACGCACUAACCUCCUUAAAUGUGCUGCUGUAAAAAUGUAAUGUUCUGAAUUUCUUUACUCCACCCCCCCCCCCCCCCCCUUCCACUUAAAACAGGCUACACACAUUUGUAGGAUAGAAAAGAAAUGUAUGGGGUUGUAUGGCUUAGAAAACCCAUUAGUUAUUUGGGAAUUAAUAUUGAUGACCGAUCCUCAGAAUAGUUCAUCAAUAUCAGAUUGGCAGGGUCCGACUUCCUGGACUCCUACAGAUCAGCUGUUAGAAGAGGCCAGGUGCGCCGUGAGUGCCACUUUCUCUUCCUAGACCAUGUGACAUCACUGUACAUCAGUCACAUGGCCUUGUUGCAGCUCAACCCCAAUCAAGUCAGUUGGGCUGAGCUGCAAUACCACGCACAGCCGCUAUAUGAUGUACGGUGCUGUGCUUGGUAAGCAUCCGGGAAGCCACCAGUCACCAGAGUAUCAGUGAGUGAGCUUUCCGAAACAUCUGAUUGGCGGGGAUUCCGGGACUUAUACUUCCGCCGAUGAGAUAUUGAUGACCUAUUCUGUGGAUAGGCCAUCACUAUUAUUUCCCGCAUAACCCCUUUAGAUACCCUUCUAGGGAAUUCUGAGUAAAAAGUUGGGGUCCCCCAUUUAAGACUUUAAUCUCUUAGCCAGAUUGGAGGGCAGCUACAAAGAGUUUCUCUGGAGGUCUUCACAGCCCAUUGAUUUAAUUGAGAGCCAUGAAAUUCUCUAUUUUUCCUGCGGUGGCACUGAAGCAAUAUUGAACACUUAUUGCCAGAUUCUUGCUCAGAUUAUAGCCGAUCACCACUGUGGGACUCCGCAAUGAGAUAACCUGUGAUCAAUCCCUGUAACAAAAAGGGAUUUCCAAAGCAUACAACCCCUCUAAUAAAUGGGUGCUCUGCCCAGCUCUUUACAUCUUACUUUAAGGGGUCUAAAUUGGGACUUCAUUAUACAUGUUACUGGAAGAGCCUUAUCUUGUAAAAACCUAGAAAAUAGAAAAUAAGUAGUAAAAUACCAUAGUUAUAUUUUAGUAAGGGCUUUAUUUGCUGAAUGUUAAGAAGCGCUAUCUCUGAGCUUUAAUGCAAAUGUAUAAUGUGAAUGGAACAGAAAUUAUGUAUAUACUGUACAAAUUUGUAUCUAUUGCGCAUACCCAAAACUAGCACUUUAUGUAACCAAAGCUGAGCAGCACAUUAGACAAUCCCUUCAUGUAAAAGUCUCAUUGCUCAGUUCCUUGGCCUCCAGUAUUACCAUAGAGUACAGUAGAUCUCAUAUUCAUCUAUGGUCUUCCCUGAAGCCCCUUGUUUGAUUAGUCUAUGGUGUGAAUAUAAUCAGCUGGAUCUGGUUGUGAUAUUAUUGCAGUUAUGAAUAAAGUUACAGUUUUCUUACUCCUCGCUAUAUCAAUGUCUAUAGCUACCUGUAUUUGUCCUUUUAUACUGUGUAAAGUUGAUUUUCAUUGCAUUUUUUAAAUUCAUGUAAUAUUUAACUGAAAACAUGUUAAAAGUGAUCGAAAAUGUGCCCUGAAAUUAGCUUUCUUGUCCCGGGGCCUUCAGAUGCUGGGGCCUUAAUAAUUAUUUUGUCUACAUGUUUGUUUGUUUUUGGAACAAAUGUAUAAAGCCUAGGUGUGUAACUUAUACUUGCAUUGGGUAUUGCAUCAAAUAUCUGACUAUUAAUUUUGCCAAGUUUUCUUUUUAUACAAGCCUUGCUUAGUUUCAUCCAUAUUGGUUAUUUGUAAUAAAAACAAUGAUCAAACUUA